CGUUCUCAAAGCCACACAUCACAGCUACUGGUACUGUAAUAAUAGUGAUCCCCGGAACCGAUCGAUGGUUUCCCUUGGCCUUGAUAGACAAUAGCUUGCGCGGGGCUUGGGGUCUGGCUCAGGCUUUGGACCACUGACUGACUGAUCAAUCGGGCACGGCCCUGCCUAUGCACCACUAAAGUGAGUCUAACGGGGACCCUCAUUCCGGGCUCUCCACGAUGUCCAGACAGGUCUCGUGGUGAUGGGGAAGCUGUUGUACGGGGUAGACCACUCUUCCCCAGGCCGCUUUUUUCGUUUGAUCAAAAUCAUGAUGAGUCCUUGUUGCUUUUGCUUUCUCAAUUCGUGAUCAUGAACAUCACCAGCGCGCCUAUCCAGCACUUUGGGAGCUAGUAUGGAGGACCUCCUCAAGCAGUGGCCUGCUGUCACUAAGAGGGCUGGCAAAGCAUGUCUGAACUGCCGCGCUCGCAAGGUCAAAUGCAACGUGGAAGAACAUGGCGUUCCCUGUACGAACUGUCUCACCGACGACGUUGUCUGUCGCGUGCAGAAGAGCAGAAGAGGGAGGCGACCAACAAAAGACGGAACGAAGAAGCCCUCGCCGACUGCGGAAAAGAGACAUGUGCCAUCGUCACCAAUGGCCGACAUUGGUACUGACCGUUUGACGAAAAGCGCUGCCCUGAAACGUCUGCCUGUUACGCAUACCACGGGUUGGUUGUCGCAGUACAGCUUGAAGGAUGACUCAGCGGCAGCCGAGUUGGACAAACCCGUGUCCCAUAAUAUCACAGGUGUACAUCUGAAGUCCUACCUCGACCACAUGGAUGAGCCCGUCACCGACAGAUUCGAUACCGGGGAGCUUCACAGGGAGCUCACUUACGCCCCCUUGAUUGACCGUGACGCUCUGCACUAUACCACAAGCUCUGGGCCUAUCUCGAGAGAUAAUACUGUCGAGAUCGACCAUGCGACUCCAUCCACAAAGUCGAUGGAUACUGGUUACGAACCGUUACCGGACUGUGUGAAGCCAAUUGCCCAACAUCUGACGAUGGACGAUAUUCACUACCUCCGCAUCAAGGGAGCACUUGACAUUCCAUCAAUCGAGCUGCGUAAAGCUCUCAUACAGAGCUACGUCCAGUACUUCCACCCGCUUAUGCCACUCCUAGACCUGCCUACACUGAUGAACUGCGCCAACGAGUGCCCGACGAACACGACACCGAAGAUGAGUAUCCUGCUGUUACAGGCUGUCAUGUUUGCGGGCGUGACGUUCGUGGAUAGCGAGCAAAUCAAGAGGGCCGGCUUUAUCUGUCGAAGGACGGCUAGAAGGGUCUUCUACGACAGAGCACGGCUGCUGUACGAUCUUGACGCCGAACACGAUCGACUUACCAUCAUACAAGCGGUGACUUUGUUGACUUUCUGGAGCGAAACACCAGGCGACAAUAAAGGUGGCUGGCACUGGAUGGGUGUUGCGGUUUCCCUCGCUCUCACGCUGGAUCUCCACAGGCAGCCCCAGCACACCACCCCUGACCGAGGAUCGCGACUACGCAAGCGAAUUUGGUGGUGUUGCUAUAUGAGAGACCGACUUCUUGCCCUGUUCAUGUGCCGGAUGCGGAGGAUCAAUGAUUCCGAUUUCAAUACCCCCAUGCUGACCCUCGGGGAUUUUGAGCUCGACGACUUCCCAGGAGAAGAUGCUCGAAAUUCUGUCUUGAAUAGAGACUGCCAGGUCAGAUUGGCCGAGAUUUGCAUUCAGAUGGCCCAGUUAUGCACGCAUAUUGAAACGGUGAUGGAUCUGCAUUUUAGUCUGCUUCCGCCUGACCAUCGCAGCGGCUUGACGAGAGAUCCGAGGGGCGAGACAUCAACCAUGUUGUUUCCGCGACACCGACCGUACAAAGCCGACUUGGUGCGAAUAUGCGAUCGAAAUCUUCAGACAUGGUUGGACAAAUGGACUCCGGCGGCCAUUUACCAAAGACCUCGAACAGAGGAUCUCAACGAACCCUGCAAAAGUAUUACCUCGAGCCAGGCGUUUCUACAUAUCAUUUUUUACGGUAUCGUGUCAGCCCUGCACCGUCCCCAGAUCAAUUCAGGGCAUAUGGCGAAGCAAAACCCGAGCCAGCUUGAUGAACACCAAAGAUUGUCAAUGACCAGGACCGAGGAAGCAAGCCUAGAAGUGGCCCGAAUCAAUCUUGACCUUCUUGAACUUGGUCUGGUAGGCUAUGUGUUCCCUCCAACCAUCACAAUCCAGAUGCCAGUCGCCAUUACUCAACUAAGAAGGCUUCGAACACACAAUCCGGAACAGAUCACCAAGGCUCUGGAAGCACUUUAUUCCUGCCUUGCCGUGUUGGAAAUAUUGAAAAAAUUGUACGUUGGCGCGGACUGUGUCAUGGCGUUCGUCGUCGAGGUAAUGAGGAAGGCAGGUGUCAUGCCUGCGUUCAAUGUGGACAGCAAAAUCCAGAUGAUCCGCUUUGGGGACUAUGAGUAUCGGCCUGGCUGUGGUCAUGGUCAUUCAGAUACCAUGCACGACACGGUUCUUUGUGACGCUUCGGAGACAAACAAGCAGGAUCAGGAUCAAGCUCAGAAACAGAGCUUUUCACGGCCUGAUGUUGAGCCGGAACUAGAUCACUCAUCAGGCCUUGAUAACCUUGGCUGGCACAGUAAAGAGGGAGUCGAAGAAGACCCUUUUGCGCACUGGACGGACUCGGGAGAUAUGUUCCUACCGGAGAACCUGGACUGGGAAGCGGCUUUCGGCGUAUUCAUGGACCUUGACCAACAUAACACCGCCGUGGCAGAAUGGCCUGUUUGAUGCGACCGCUUUCGGGGACUCGAUGGAAUUUCGGCUACACAGCCAGGCUAGGUUGGGUUCUACAAGGAUUUACGUGGGACUUGCUUCCCAACCUCCGAUAUACUUCUCUUAACUUGACGGAGUCAACCAUGGGUCCUGGCUGGUGUAUCGACAUCAGAUGCACGAAACCCUGAGGUUGAGUCGGUCUUACUGGAACGCAACUGCAACUCAAAUGUCGGCAGAUUCUGCAGUCAGACUUACGGUUGUGCGUCUUUCUUGGAGUCGAUACCGACGGCCAGCACAUUUCUGUCGCACCUCCCUAAUGAUCAGCAGGGUAUGAGCGGCAUAGAACGGUUACAUGCCCCGUCUCGGGGGACACUUCAUGUCCCAGCCGAAGACAGGAGCUUGAUGAUGUGCGGCUUUCGUCGGCACAUGCCUCGACGCCGUUUCCAUUAACGAUGCCAUGGGUAGACAAAGCCUAUCUCCCAGACAUCUCAUUGCUGUCUCCAUGUACAUGAUGUAUCUUUGGCAGAGUUCAAUAGGCACGGAUUCCUGACUCGACGCUCAAACCGCAGGCAGUCUCGAUCUUCGAAGCAGGAGAUAGCGCCAGCCACUACACCGCGCCCGGUGUGCGAGCACGCUAGAUGACAGCGCUUUCAGGAGAAGUGAGUCAUCGAGCCAAGGCACCAAUUGACGAUGACUUGCCUCUUUUCACAGAGAAGGAGGUCGGUUAGGGACCAAAAAGCCUCACAGCCUCGCGAAUACCAGGCUGAUCACAUGCUAUGCGCAACGAGGCUGAGUCAUGUGACGGACAUUGGCCUUGGCGCCCCGAACAGUCUUCCGCCUACGUACAAACGCGAGACUUCUUGUAUUCUUUAUGAUACUUACUACCUAACAGCUAGGUAGUCAAGAUGAAAUCCAGUAACACCAGAGAAUCUAUGGACACAAUUUUUCGAGGGAGAGCGUAUAUGUUUAUUAUCCUACAGGUCUAACUGCACUCCCCCGUUCUACCCUCUGUUGUUUGGAGUUCUACCAGUUACCAGUCACUAAUCCACCAUACAAUGAUUAUUCCCGGUAGGUAAAGUAUUGUUAAACAGUGCGGGCUCAUGUGUCCUGAAAACGGAUGCUUCUAGCAGAAAUUCCAAAGUCUGGAUGCCAUUUUCUUACGGGAAGCUGGCCAAUUCAGCUGCAAAAAUAUAUCAGACUGGUAGAUUACAUCGGCCAAACCAUUCAGCCCAACAUCUGAAAAUCCACGUGUGGACUGAAAAGGCAUGUGGACGGCAGCAGUGAGCCCCUCUGGGCUCUGCACACAGAUGCCUUGUUCAACCAGCCAACUGCCAGCCUCCCGCAUUGUACCACAUUUAUUUGAUCAGACAUUCUGGCCCCCUUCUCGACCUCAGCCAAGUUACAGACAAGCAUUUAUUGGAUAGUGAAGCCUCUGGUCAAGGUUAGAUGACGACCAAACACAGAACAGACACAGACAGCAAAUUGUGAAACAGAAAAGGAAGAAAACUUACCCGUCCACGACAAGUCCGGCGCCGUACAUGAAACUGCUCAUCGGUGAGGCGAGGAAGGUGAUGGUGUCACCGAUUUCCUCGGGCACAGCCAUCCUUCCGACGGGAGUUCUCUCGAUUUCCUUGUCCAUGGCACCGCUCUUGACGGCCUCUUCCAACAGCGGGGUUGCGACGUACCUGUGUUUUGUUCCACAUUAGCACAUGUCGAUGAAUGUACAGUACUCUGAAGGUGAGGCAGCAGCACAACCACCACCACCACAAGCAAGACGGAGUAUCUGGGAUUUGCAUGACUUACCCUGGACAAAUGGCAUUGAUGCGGAUCCCUUGCUUCGCAUACGCCACAGCAUCCGGCUUAGUGAAGCCCAACACACCAUGUUUGGAAGCCGAGUAUGCCGUGGCAGGCGUGUUGACCGAAGGGCCAAUGACGCCAUACAUGGACGACAUGUUGACGAUGGUUCCGCGGCCGUAUCGGACGGUGCUGGUGGUGAUUGGAUCAGCUCAGCAUGUACGGGGGAGCGCCGGGGGUGAUUGGCAGGCGAGGGCGGUAGAAAGGGGGAGAGACACCAAGUGAAUUCUUGAUACACUCCUUGUUGUUGCAACUUACUUUGCUUCCAACGGCUCCUGCUUCAACAUCUGCCGGAUCUCUGCUCUCUCACACAACCACACACCAUGCAAGUUAACAUCCAGCACCUUCUUCCAGUCUGCAGGGUCGAGGUCGGCCGAAUGCGCCAUUACGCCCGUGAUGCCGGCGUUGUUGACCGCAUAGUCGAUCCGGCCGAACUGGCUGGCUGUCUGGCUGAUGGCGGCGUCGACGGCCUUUUCGUCCGUCACAUUGAGUUCAAGCGGCAAGACCUGGACUUUCGGGUACGAUUUCUGGAUCUCGGCGCCAACUGCUUUGACUGCUGCGGCGUUCAGGUCGGCGAGCGCAAGGGCUUUGGCUCCGUGUUUGGCGAAUGAGAAGGCUGUUGCUUUACCGAUGCCUGACACAAAAUACACACACUCAGAUUGGUUUCACUCAAGGCUAGUACCGUGUGUGGUACUGUAAAGCAGGAUGCUCUUCUUUUUUUGAUUUCAUGGUUUCUUUUCCAUUCCUGGCCUCAUGAAUGGGGUACAGGAUAUCCAAGACAUAACAGUAUGGUAGCCAUGCCGGGCAGGCAAACAAGACAAACCAUGACGACUCGCCAAAUAAGGUAAAGGAUACAACAUCAAAUCCGUACUUACCCGAUGCAGCACCAGUGAUGAAGCCUACUCCUUUCAAUAACGCCGCCAUUGUGAAACAAGGAUAUAAUCAAUGGAAUAGAUGAACUGCUGACAGGCCGUGUGAGUAGUUCAGUUCAAGUUUGCCGGAAAUGCAAAGCAGUGCAAUGCAAUACAAAUAUCAAGAUUGUUAUUCCCUAUAUACCGCGGCAUUCCAACAUAAGUAGAGGCAGAGCAGUGGCCCGAGACAAAGGUUCGGAUAG